AUGAAGGGAUCCAACAGUAGUAGUGAGCUAAAAGCUCUAGUCUUUGAUGGGGAGAACUACGACUUUUGGAGAAUAAGAAUGACAACCAUUUUCAAGUCCUAUGAUCUAUGGGAUAUGGUUCAAUAUGGGUAUGAACUACCUGAGAUGGAGGUCGAUGCUCUAGAGAAGGACCUCACAGAAACACAACUCAAAACAUUGAAGCAGCAUCGGAUGGAGGAUGCUAGAGCACUUGGAAUCAUCCAAGGUGCUGUCUCAGACACCAUUUUCCUGAGGAUAGCAAAUGAAGAGAGUGCAAAGGAGCUUGGGAAGUUUUACAACAAGAGUACAAAAGAGACAGCAGAGUUAGAAAGGCUAUUUGAUGUUGUAAACAAGAUGAAAACAUAUGGUGAGGAACUGCCUAAUGAAAGAAUUGUCCAGAAACUAUUGAUUAGUUUGACUAAACCCUAUGAUUCAAUAGUGAGUGUCAUUAAAGAAACCAAAGACACUGAAACUCUUAGUGUGCAAGAUGUGAUGGCAUCUUUAAGAGCUUUUGACCAAAGGCUUGAGAGGCAUGCUGAUUUUGCACUUGAGAAAGCUUUUCAAUCACUCAAUGUUGGAUCUAGUAGUCAAGCUAGUGCAAGCAAACAAAAACAACAGUGGAAGGGCAAGAACAAGAAAUGGGAAGGAAAGGGGUAUCAAAACCCUAGACCUAACCAAGGCAACUACUCAAAUGAAGGUCCAAGAAACAAGCAGCAAUGCAAACACUGUGACAAAUUCCAUCUUGGAGAGUGUUGGUUCAAGGACAAGCCUAGGUGCCACAAAUGCAACAGUGCAAAAGUGGAGAAAAACUAUGAAGUGUGGUACAUUGAUAGUGGUUGCAGCAAUCACAUGACUGCACAUGAGUCAUUACUUAUUGAUAUUGACACAAACUUCACUAGAAAGGUGAAAAUGGGAGAUGGAAACAUUGUCAAAGCCACUGGAAGAGGAACUCUGGUCAUUAACACCAAGAAAGGAAGAAGAUGCAUAAGGGAGGUGAUGCUAGUGCCUGAAUUGGAUGAGAAUCUACUUAGUAUGGGUCAGAUGAUGGAGCAUGGCUAUUUUCCUACUCUUUGGGGGAACUGUGGUCGAGAUCUAUGA